AAGAGCUCAACAAUCAAUAUAAUGAAGCCUUCGUUGUUUUCCCUCUUAGUUCUCUUUUCCUUCUUCACUUCUUUAACCACAGCCAAGUUUCUCCUUGACGGUCAGGGCGAACCCAUUGUGAAUGGUGCCUCAUACUACAUCCAUUCACCUAUCACGCCUGGACCCGGUGGCUUGGAUCUCGCCAAGACUGGAAAUGAAACUUGCCCUCAUAGUGUUGUGCAACGGCCAUCUAGCAUUUUUCCAGACUAUGGCUUCAUUAAUGUGGACUUCUUCUCUAUUGAAGGAAAAGUACUAUCCUAUGUUCCUGUGCCGUCCAGGUGGACCAUUGUUGAAGGAGAAGAUGGGAUGAAGUCCAUGAAAAUUAGUGGUGGGUACGAGAAAACAAUGCAGUGUUCGUUCAGGAUUCAACCAUAUACUCUUUUCACGUAUAAGAUUGUGUUCUGUCCCAUUAAUGGUGAUUCUUGUAGAGAUCUUGGGAUUGCCAGAGGCAAUGAUGGAAACUCGCUUUUGGUUAUCACUGAUGAUUAUCCUCUUAUUGCUGUGUUCAUUAAUGCUGAAUCAUCUGAUGCACGUAGAACCUCUAUUAUGUGAAGUGUAAUCAACUAUGAAUAAGUAAUGU